AUGUUGGCAUCUUUAUCGUCUUUUUAUGAAAAUAUUCGCUCAUAUUCUUUCUCUGGAAGGAAAGCAGGAGACAAACGCCGAAGAGAGAGGUAUUUUAAUAUAUCCUGUUUGGUUCUGUGUCUUUUCCUGGGCACGAUUUAGAGUUAUGUUGGGAUUUAGAGGUGUAAAUUAUGGCGAUCCUCAUAAAAGUUGAUGUGAUAUUGGGCAUAACAGAGCAGCUUUAUUUGCAAUUCAUCCCGAAAUAUCUGAAUUAUAGGAGGCUGACUUAUCUUUUUCCGGUACUUUAUUUGAACAAAUGCCAAGUCUUUCGUCGAGGGAAUGGCAACCAACUUUUGUCAUCCGAAACACUUAGUUUCGUUCGUACUUAUACAGUGAUGUAUUACAAUAACUUACAAGUUGUCAUCCAUGUUUACUGCGUAUAGAUUUCGACUCUUUUAGAAUUCAUCGAUAUGCAUUUUGUUCUUAUAGGGAAGACGAGGAUGUAAUUAUAACAGAUGUACUUCAGGUUAGUACAUCUAUAACUCAUAAUUUUGGCAAGACUUUAGAAUGUGGGGUCUCUUGUUUACAUCUAAUUGAGUCACUGUACACUGCAGUUCUCAUUUUGCGUUUCUUGGUCCUGUGAAGACUUUGCAUUAGAUGGAUCUUGGUGGUCCUGUAUACUUAAGUUUUUCUCCAAUUUUAAACAGCAAGGAAGAAAAAGUAAACAUAGCAUGAAUUUUGAAAGGGGAGGUUGAAAUUUUGAGGUGUCAUAUGAUGGUCACAUAUUACAAAGGCAGUAUCUAACUUUACGAAAGAGUGGAAUUUUGAAGAGGAAAUUCGUGUAAAGAUGGAAAUUUAAUUGUGUUAAGGUAUAGAGCACAUGGAUAAGUGUCUUUCCUUUAUUAUAACAAUAAAUGUGCAGUUAUUUCUUUUAUUGCAAGAUGUUGACCAGAGCAUUGUAAAAGGCUUAGUUUAACAAAGGCCUAAUUGCUGAAUGCUUUUUUCGUUUUUGACAUUAGACACCACCAGCUAAGAGGUUAAGAAAUCUAGAAGAAGGUGAGUGAAUAAGCAGCUGCAUGUAUUUUAAAAGAAUAUGAUAAAGUGAUAAACAGUUUUAUAGCAAACUCUGAUAUAGUUUUGAAGCUGCAUUUUGAUACUGAAGCCACAUGGUUGAUAAAACAAAGAAUAUGAGAACAUAAUAAAGGGAUAUACAGUUUUGAAGCAAACUCUGAGAUGGUAUUGAUGCUACAGUUUGGUACCGAAGCUACAUGGUUGAUGUAACAAUGUUAAAUUGAAUUGUUUAAGCAUUUUUAAUGUGGGAUAAAAUGCUGAUAUUCAAUGGUAAAAUGGAAUUUGUUUAUCUGGGUAAUUCUGAUGGGUUUAAGAAAUUGAUUUGCAAAUAUUUGUUGAGCAAGGCCAAGCUGGAAUUUGGCACGUUUACUCUUAUGGAGGUAGGAAAACCAAUAAAUCUGGACAAAACUGCAUACUGCAGGGAUGAAAACUGUUAAUAAAUUCGACCCACAAUUGAUGCCAGUAGAGAAUUGUACCUUGGCCAGCAGUGGCAGGAAUGGGAUGAGUAUUCUUUUAACCACACUAUCCUUGAUCCCCCAGGAAAGGAAGAGGCAAAAGGAAACUUGUCUUUGUUAUUUAAUGAAUAUACCAUAUUCCAUUUCCUCUGCCCUGAAAGAUAAUGCACUCCCUGCAGUGUAAAAGUGUAACUGUGUGUGCUGUGCAGAGUAACUGUGUAAAUAAUUAUAACUGUUUGAAUCUGUUUCCACUCAGCUUCUGGUGAAAACAGUGACAACAGCCCUCUUCAUAGUUUUUCGGAUUUUGUUCAGAAGGUGAAAACCUGGUCUGGUAGAUACAUCUGGCAGUACGUGGUCAAAGGAGAUAAUCAAGAUGUCACUAACACUUCUUUAAGCAGAGACCUUAAUGAGGCUGAGAAUGAAAUUAUGGAAAAACAGACAAGUUCUGCAUAUACAAGACCUAUUAGUGUGAGUAAAAGAUAUUACAGUGCAGCUCAAAGAUAAGGGGACUCAGCAGACAAGUACUUACCGUAUUUCUUCACUUAUAAGCCGACCUCGGCUAGAAGCCAAGACCCUAAAAGUUCGAGACCUUCCAACAGACUUGUGUUGUCCAAAAGAAAACGCAAAACCAACAGCUAUAAGCCGAGAGUGAAAUUCUUGAUUGUAACCGGCCAUUUGAGUGAGCGAACCUCACGAGAAAAAAUUAGGAAAUGGCUCAAUGAACACAAAAGCUAAUGAAAGAGAAUAAACAUAAAAGAAAAAAAAGCGAAUCAGUAAAGAUGUAAAUACUACUACGCAACUGUAGAGACACAACAAUACUCUCAGCGAUGGAGUGGUUUUCACAACAUAGAGACCAAGUACUUCAUUUGUAAUGUGAAAUGAGAAGAGUUUUUGCCGAGUUGAGCAAAGAAUGUCUUUCAAUGCAUGGGAAGCAAAGAAUCUGAUUGGUGGUCAGAAAUACAUUGUUGCCAUGUCAAUUUUAAAGCCUGUCACAUAAAGAGCGCUGCAGUCAUGGAAUUUACGGUCAUUUGCAUUAACAUUAAAUUUGUACUUGUUUUUGACUUCCAAACCCUUGGCUAUAAGCCGAACCCCGUUUCUUGUGAAAAAAUCUCCCAAACUUUUGUGUCAAAUACUGAAAAAUCGCUCAGCUUAUAGGUGAAGAAAUACGGUAGUGCUAAAAUACCUGUUUUGGUGAACUUUAUUUGCAUUGUGUUUUGCUGCAAAUGCAAUGCCCGUUUAAUUAAGCAAUGACCAUUCCAUAGUAGAAAAAACAAUGGGCUAGUUCAUACUUUCUAUUAAUACUUUCUAUGCAUAUACUUGUCUGUCAAGAGUAGUACGUGUCUGGUCUUAGACUUGCUCUGUGCAUGUUUAACACACAUUUUGGUCCUGUUACCUUUGAGCUGCACUGUCUAUAGUACAUUCACAUGUUUGUAAUGGUAUCAGACUCAAGACUGCUUUUUUUCACAUGCAUGUUAUGGUGUGAAACAAUUUCAAGUUAAAAUGACCAAAAAAAAGGUUCAUACAGUAUGUGUUUUCUUAUGGUUAAGGGAUAAGGUCAUUGACCAAAGAGAAAGGAGACAACAUUAAAACUAGUGUGUUAUUAUCUUGAGCAGUAAUGUUUUAGAUUUAUUACAAUCAUAAAUAACUGAUAAUAGAAACCUCCAGACUUUAGUAGGCACCUACUGCAAUUACCAACUCAGGCUCCUUUAGUCAGGAUUUGGUAUAUGCCAGGAUGCCUUAGAAUAUCAAGGAGCUUUUUCAUGACUUGAGACUUUUAUAUGGUUCUGUUUCCAUUAGGAAGGUUUCUCUUGUUCUCAUUUAACCCUUUUGACUCCUCAGAGUAACUAGCAGCUAGUUUCUCCUUACAAUAUCACCCUCUGAAUCACAAAUUGAGGUCAUGAGAAUAAAGGAAAUGAUCACUGACUAGAGAAGCUCUUCUUCAGCAUCACAAGAAAUUUAUAAAGGACAGUGUGGAGAAUAUACACACUUACAUUAAGGUGUAGAGGGUGAAGCUAUUAAAACUGGUGCUUUCCUUAUUGCAGAGCAUUUGCACAGACAACUUGGGACAACAAGGGAGUUCUAGAUUGACAAGGAAACCCUUGCAUAGAAGCAGGAGAUCAGAAACAUCAUCGCCUGUACAGUCUCACCCAAGAAAAAACAAGAUGGGAUUAACAACAUCCACAAAGCAAAACUUGAGCAUGACAAGAACAUCUGAAAGAAAAUAUGAUUGUAAGUUCUUUCUGUGCAAGAAUAAGAACUAUUUCACAUGAAUUAUGAUGAAAAUUGUUUUUCUUAUUCUCUCAUUAUUCCAGUGUUAUUAUUGGCUAAAAUACAUGAAUGCCAUAUCAAUCAUUUUUCUUCAAUCGAAACAUUGAGUCCAAUUAAGUACCAUUUAUUUGAACUGUCUGCUAUGUGGCAGUGAAGAUGUAUUGAGAGAGAGCAGAAUCAGUUAAUUGAGAAAUCAUUGUUAAAAUAAGAAAAAAAAAUAAACAAACAAACAAAUUAGUAUUUUAGUUUUAAAUUUAAGAGCAAUGCAGUAUUAUUGGCAUGGUGUAUUUUUAACCAAAAAGAGCAUCCAAAUUGAAUGAACUGUAUCCAAUUUUUUUCUCAUCUAUUCAGUGUUGUUCAUCAAAUUGUGAUGACUUAUAAUGCAUUUAUCUCACCAGCAUCAAAAUAUAAAAACACUCUCAAUAGUAGAUCUUACAAUGCUAACCAGUACAAAAGUGAAAGAACAUUAGAGUGCAACUUGCCUGGACCUUCUCAAUCUGGAAGUAAGUCUCCCUCAAGAUCACGGAGGACUACAGAAGAGACUGUGGGAAAGAGAUCUCCAGUUGAAGGGGGGAGAUUUACAAGCACAGCAGAAAGGGUAAGACUUGAAAUUGUGAGGGGCAAAGUGCAGUGUACUAGUAUAGCAUGACUGGUUGUGUUAAGAAUUACAUGUACUGAAAAGUGCUGGUGACUGUGGCUGACAUUUGACUAUCUGAGAGGAAAUCAUAGUUAUAUCCAGUAGAUGUUGACUCUGUUUUGACUCACACUCAGGUUUGCAGUCCACCAGUCACUCUUACUGCCAGUAACAGUUAGUUUUGCUGAAUUUCGAGUUUGCUACUUUCAACUUCACUACACUGUACAUGUUACAAUGUAGCUCCAUUCAUCUUUGAGUUCACUUCAUCAAUAAACCCAGUUUAACCUAAAGUUUCUAACCUGAAUUAUUCAUGUAAAUCUCAUUUGUUCUUUUAAGUUUACACCUAAGUUCAGAAUGCAAAAGUAAGAGUAAGAGUUGGUUAAAUAAAGGUCUACUGAGAGAGGACAUUUCGUGCCCAAGUGGAAGUGGCUAGGCACCAAUACAUUGUAAAUUCUUUGUAGUUCUAAAGUCUUGAAAGAGUUUCCUUCUAAAUUUUUAUUUUUGUUUGGUAGCAAACUUGGUCAGUUGAUGUAGCAAACUCCAUAUUUGUGUGGCAGACAUGUAGCAAACUUAAAUGUAGGGAACUCAGCAUGUAACAAAUUGAGCAUAAACCUUAAUGGAAAACAGCCCUUUUCAGAACUAACCUGUUAGGUCAUUGCUGCAAGUGCAUCGCCAUUGUUCUUUGACAUCUCUUUACAAUACACAAUACACAAUACAUGUUUCCACCCAUUUGUUUACAAGAUAUUCAUGGACACUGUAAUUAUUCAUUUAUUACAAAUUUAUCUGUAACUUAAUUAUAUAUUUAUGAGUAUUUCUCUAUUUCUGUUGGCAUCUGAGAGAGACUAAAAGACUUUUAUCUCAGCCUCUCACAUGCACCUUGUUACUGUACCUCACCUACAGUGCUUGUACAGUAUCUUGUGAUUUGUGAUUUAUUUUUACCACUGUGGGUGACUAGCGUCUAAUUUUUCCUUGUGAUAUCACCAUCUAAAGCAGCCCUUGAUUGUUAAGUAAAUUCUCCCACUCAGCUCCUUAGGGAAGAUAAAGAAACAGUAUGGAGACUAUGCAUACUGAUGUGCGGAUGUAAAGAGUUACAAUGACCACAAUACCUUACUUUUACCUAGUGCAUUGUAUACAGUCUAUUUACAGUGCAUCCCUGUUUUUCUGUCAUACAAGGUUGUUCGCCUGGAAGAACGAGACAGAUACAGGCAGUUAGUGGCUCAGUUUACCAACAUAGAGACACCUGAUAGAACAGAUCGUACAGGGAACAGAACAGUAUUAGAUGAACCACUGUAUGUGGAAACUGACUUUCUUACCAAGACAAGAUCCUACACAAGGUACAAAUGAUAGUGAACUGGUCAGCAAGUUUUAUUAUUCCACUACUAUGUCAUUUUACCAUAUUAGGGCAAUGGAUCAUGCAAGAUAUGCCAUGGUAUUACACAGUAAAACAGAGCAAAAAUACAGAAGGAAAAUGGAGUAACAAAAUGGCCUCUGGGAAUGAUUUUAAUUUUGUUAUUUUUCCCCUGUUUUUUGGCUUUGCUUUUUUAACAAAAAACUUUUACAAAUUUUUUUGUUGGCUAUGAAAACCCUUAAAUCAUUUUAUUGCUAUUGUUUUCAUCUUUGGUGCAUGCCCUAUGCAAUCAGUAAGAAGCUCAGAUGAGGCCAUAUGAUGUAUUUCGAAAACUAGAAGACAAAAACUAAAAGUUAGCAGAGUAAUAAAUCUCCUACCCGAUGGUUUAACAUAUGAGACAUUAUUUUUUCUUGUUGCUGGCAUUUUCCUCACCCCCACAGGCUCAGAAAAAUGCAACACAACUUGCAAAAUAUCCCCAACUAUUAUAAAAAUUAUGUUUUCACCCAUCAAAUAAGGUUUUCAUUUCCAAGCAGCCAAAGAGACAAAAUCUUGUCAAGAGUUUCAUCUCUGACCAUUUUGCAGUAUAUUGACAGAGUUGAACUUAUGUUGAACUCAUGGGAGUUCUAAGGUUAAAUAUCCACCACUAUUCACCUCCACUUAAAUGAAUAACUGUGUAUCAUGAUACAAUAACAUCUUCUGCAUACAUUGGCAUUUAAAUUGCUUUCUUCAUGUUAUCAUUGGCAUAUACUAUACCUCAAUUGUAGCACUGAGAUGUCAGGAAAACCAGUAAAACAAAAUCACUCUAUCAUUUGUAUUUUUUUUAUUGAAUAAUGUUGUAUGGCUCUGCCACUCAGGUCUGGAAGUGGAAGCCUCCUGUCACCAAGAUCUACCUUAGUGUCACCCCCCGUGUCAUUCACUAUUCCAGCCUCCCCUCCCCUGUCAGCAACAAGGUUGAAAGUAACAGCAUCUCCAAGGAGAUCAGCCAACAGGUCACGUAAGGUCACAACAGAUGUUAGCUUGUAUUCAAGACCAGGUUUGUAUUGAUUUAGUGUAGAGUUCUUUUCAAAGUUUAGAUGUGCUGGGGUGAAAUAUUUGACAGAAUGAGGUCUAAAAGUAUUUUGCAAAGCUGAAACUUUUGUAAGUGAUGUUUCUCGCAGUAACUCUCCCAGUGAUAUAGAGAAAACUUGCAAGGUAUAGAAUUUAAACAUUAUACAAAGAUUCUUUCGAAAAUUGUGCCCCUGUCUGUCUGCACAACCUGGCUGCAUGUGACACAUGUAAUUGUAGACUCUUUCUGACACAACUGGUUGACACAGUACAGGAGUGUAUGACCCCCUAGUACACAGUAGGUUUCUAACGAGUUCAUAAUCAAGUGGCUGGAGAGUCUCACUCCACCAUCUGAACUUCACGUCCUUAAAGUAGACUUAAAUUUUCUUUUAACUGAAAACUUGUAUAACAGUUUUUUUAAAAGUAGGAGGUAGGUUUAUUGAGCUCCAUGUUACAGUUUGAACUGUAUUUGUGGCUUACAGGUACAACCAAUAUAUCGCCUCCAAACAGUAUCACCAGAUCAAGGUAAAUUGAACAUUAUACUUCAUGCUUUGCAGAAUUGUAUGUAAUGCACUAUGUGUUCACUGCUUGUGUAGUUGUGUUGAUAACCCUUUGGCCCUCCUUAGUUAUAAACAGAAAACUUUACAUCGUCUCAGACACAGGUGAUGAUAUGGGAAGAAGUUAUCAGCUUGGGAACGUUAUCUUGAUAUAGGACCUAAUACUUAAGCCUCAUGUACAGGAAAAUUUAUGGCAGAUAGUAGGGAGAAUUACAAUUUGGAUGUUGAGAGUUGAAAGGAUUAAUGAUUACAGCUGCAUUUUUUUCCUACUUCUAAGCCUGUUCAAGGUGUUCAGUUGAUGACACCGAAGCGCGUUGGUAAACAGUGCGAUAGUAGCGGAGGAGCGAAAAAAUUGAGAGAGACUUGGGUCGAAUCGAGUCGAGCCGAACCUACCUCGUUUUCGCUGUGCCGCUACCAUCGUGCCGUUUUGAUAUUUCGCUCCGUUUGUUUACUGAACGCCCAAAACAGGCUACCUACUUCCUAGAACCUAUCUUUGAGUCUCCUUGGUCUCCAAUUUUGUAAAUUUUACACUCAUUUCGUUCCUUCUUUUUAUUUUAAGCAACAGAACACUGGACACGUCUGAUGUUCGCAAUCCUUUUGAUGAGGACUGGACCACAAGAUGGUAUGUGUUAGGAAAGACUUAAUCCUACUUCUGUUUUCACAUGUUAUUACUUAUCAAUGGCCUUUUUUUUUUCUGAAGUGAUAAGAAAAGGAACACAAUUCGAUACCAUCAGAGAACCCGCCAAUUUUUAUGGUCCUCACUUUUGUACCCUCUGUUUCUGUGAAGGUACAUUUUUGACCCGCUUUGAUUCGUACUUUUAAGAUAUUGCACUACAAACAUACAUGCAGGGCAAUACUUAGAGUACUUACUACACGGGGCAAUUCAAUGUUAACGCUAGCGAAAAAUUCUCUUUGCCCACAAUUUUUCCAAUUCGUACACUACUUACAGGGUACUCUUCUUACAAACAGGACCCUUACCUUUAUGAAGAGAAAUACGACAAACCUUCCCAUGACUGUUGUCUAAGAAGGACAAAUGGACUUGUGCGUGCGCGUAGAACGAAAGUACCCAGUACUUUGCCAUUUGUUUAUUUUUUCGGUUUACAGGCGAAAUCUCCUAUCAGAGGAUAGUUUAGCCCGACAAAGGGAGAUUUCAAAAGAAGAAAAGAAACUGAAAGCAAUAAAGCAAAAGGUAACAGUUUUGCAGAGUUGCUUUUUAAUAGUGAAUGUCGGUCGUUCCGCCAACGGUCGUUUCGCAAACGUCUCUAGUCAGUUCGCAAACGCGUAGAAGUCAGUUCGCAAACGUUAUAAACAUUUAUGAUGUGUAGAAGUCAGUUCACAAACUUUGUAGAUUUGAGAUGUCAACGUUUGAGUAUACAUUGACUAACUUUAUAGCUUAAGUCAUACAGUCUUGUGGUUGAUUUCGCUCUAUCACAGUAUUUGCGUGUUGCAUGUACAGUAGCUGUAAUCCGCAAAUCAAUCUACCGAUAUGAAACAGGUCUUACUGUUGUUGUGUUCGAUCAAGAAGCUUUGCUCUUUAAAGGAAGGUCCACAACUACCAAGACACGGGAUAAAAACUUCCCAUUUGAUAAUGAAUUAUACUUUAGCGAGAAAUAAGCUGUGAGAUUUCACAUCCAAUAAUUUAUGCACAACGUGUCAGUAAUGUAGUAUUCUGAACUGUAUAGUUAAACCCAGGUUGAUAUGUAAAUGUUUAUAACGUUUGCGAACUGACUUCUACACGUUUGCGAAGUGAGCAGAGACGUUUGCGAAACUACCGUUGGCGAAACGACCGGUUACUGUUGUGUUUGGGGUGCAAAUUGUAGAUACAUCAUUAAUCUUCAAAAAGCCGUGCGUUGAUUUAGAAGCGAGCAUUUUUAACCUCAAAAUAGUAAAUUUUAAGAAGUAUAGUGGGCCAAUUUUGGACAAUUCUUCUCUAAUUUAUGGCUCUUCAAAGUGAGGUAGCGACGGCGAGUCGUCGAAAUCGCUUUAUGAAUAAUUAAUGAUGUCCUAGUUGUUCGUUUUAUCCUAGGCUCUGAUUUGAAUUAGGGAUCGACAGUUUUAUCGAGAGGAAAAACUGUCAUGUUGUCCUACGGUUCACAUUCAUGUAACUGUAAUAAGUACGACAAUAACGGUGAUACUGAUGGCAUUUCCAUUACUUCCCUCUUUCAGCGAGAAGAAGAAACGCAAGCUAUUAAAGACAAGGUACAGUUUUAUGCACUGUAGAAAUCUACAAUUUAUUAUCGAUUAUCAUAGACUCACUGGUCUUGUAUUUGUUGAGAUCUCGCCUCCUUUGUUUCACACAAUAAAAAAUGACAGUGUAAUGUAGUCUACCAGGAUUCCUUGUGCAUUGAAACUUCCUAAGUAACGAAGUGCUAGGAACAAUGUAGACGUCUUUUUCUUGUAAUAGUGAUGCAUGCACGUGAUUAUCAGGGUUACGGGAUGGAAAAUUGCCUUCUCUAUCGUAGGGAUUCCCUUAGGAAGGAGAUUUUUUUUAGUACUUUUAUUAUAGAGCUUCUGUGUAUACCAGUAUGUUGUCGUCUCGUAAACCGAGCUGCCGGUACAAGCUAUACAUGUGCAAAAAAAUAUGUGGGUUUUAAUGUUAUUUUCAAGUCAUAAACGUGAAUGAAGGGGGUUUUUUGUCCGCCUAGUCGAGGAAACGAUUAAACAAAAUGAUUUCCAAGUAUAUUAUUUGGUGGAUAAUUUACAUGUACGAAUAUUGCUGAAAUUUAAUGUGUUAUAUUAUUUGAUAUUCAUACUUGCUUGUCUUUGAUUUUAGAUAAAGGAACGACUGAGAAGAAGGAACUUAGGACUAGACGAAGAUGAGGAAGACGAGGUAUUUUAAAUCAGUGCUAUCUUUAAGUUGUUUACACAGCAUCGACGCUUUAAUUUCGUGAGUGCGUGAUGUACGAGAAAACAGCCCACGAAAUGAGAAUGAACAAGGUAAGAGCAAACUGCUCAUGACAGAAAAAGUUCUCUGGGAAAGUGGGAGUUAAUAUUUUUUGUCUGCUCUCUCACUCCAACUUUACAGCGCUUUAAAAAAAAUAGGGUCUAAGUUAAUCCCCAACGUUUUCAAUGGAAUUAUCCAUUUUGAAAUUAUCUGGUCAGAAGCCUGAAAAACCCAGACGAUCUUUUAAUCCUGAGACGUGCAUUUCACCGGUGUGAUGGUGUUCUCUUCGGGCAUCCCCUGCGUUUGCUCCUUCGGUUAUAUAUAAUCUGUGAAGUUGUGCAUUGUACACCAAGCAUCCUUUUCCAACUGCAAGAAUGGUAAUCUCGAAAUUCUAAGCGAUAUCCAGCCAAGUGUUCUUUCAACUGAGAGGGACUCGUUCGUGUUCACACAUGCACGUGAUCUUUUCAUAUGCGCUCACGUUACUAAUAGUUUAAGUGGCAUAAAACGCUUUAGUUACUUACUUGGAAUACCUUAAUGGUUAAAUGUAAAUUCGUGCUAAAAAGUUUAUGAGAUCGCAUAUGUUCUUUACCAGGCAGAGGAAGAAGUAGAAGAAAUAACAGACUCGUUUGUGCCGCUCACGGAUGAAAUGGAGAGAAUGGUGAGUUUAAAAUGCUUUGACUUACUUUCUUACUUUCAUCCUUACUUAGGAGCAAGGGUGGCGGGGUGGAAGCAAAAGCCUUCACUUCUCACACGGCUUGGAUUACAUGUGGUUUGAGUAUUUUUAUAUUGACGAGUUUUGUUUCUGUUUCUUUGGCUUUGCUCCCUUCAAACGAGUCAACGCUCACGUUUUCGAAACGUCAGUUGUUGUCACCAAGACAAGAACACUCUCUCGCGGACGAUCAGAUAACACAAUCAACAAAACAUAGAAAAGCCAAACACGAACGAGGGCGGGUAAAACUGGAAAGGAUAAGAACGGAUUGCUUUUGAAUUAAGUUGAGAUACAAUUGGCAGAGUUUUUUCAAGUAAUUUUUGUAGUAUGAACGUUCAAAGAAAUCAUCCUGUCGGUUACGCUGUAGCGACUUACAAAGCGUUGACCUAGCCCUCUGUAUUAGUUACCAGGUUUUUGUUUAGAGGAAGGGUUCUUCAUUCAAAAUCCUUCUUUAGGUUGAUGUAGCACUAGCCCCUGGGUAUUCUGAAGAUCCUCUUGUUGAAGGCUUCCGAGUGACUCUGAAGAGAAGUGACGUGGCAACACUCAGUAAUCUGAACUGGCUCAAUGACGAGGUAAGCUGAAGUGAAGGGUAUUUAAAAUUGGCAUUUGAAGAUGGGCUGGAGACAGCUCGGGCAUACAGACUGUAUUCUAGCUCCAGAUUGGACAAGCGGAUUGGAGAACUAGCGUGGGUCUCUGUGUUUCGUCGUUUAAGUCAAGGAGUCAAUUCACGUCUCACAUUGCCCCUCCCCUCUUGGGAGUGUGAUUGGGUACUAGCGAACUUUCAAGGAACUUUAUUUAUUAGUAACUGGAGAGGAUGGACACGAAAGAGGACUAUUACAACUGAAAGUAAACCGAAGCUAAUUGCUUCGCUUGCGGGAAAAUGCGAGUGAAGAAGUCGCGAAUGGUUUUAGUCUGAAUAUGAUUGGUUGAAGGGAUGGCGCGAGUUUUUUGGGCCAAUCACAUCGCGAAGUGAGACAACCAAAUCAAUGCCAGAUUAGUUUCGAAACUCAACUGAAAAUUACUCUAACGUGAUAGCUAGGGGAUCCUACCCAGAAAGUUAUUAAGACAUAAGAAUUGGCUGAGGCGUUUUCAGAUAGCGAUACCAUUUGAUUUGUGUGUUUCGUACCAUUGGUGUAUGAUUUUUUACGUCAAUUAUUUUGCAGAUAAUCAACUUCUUUUUCAACCUGAUCAUGGAGAGAAGCAACCAACAAGGAAAUGUGAAAGUGCACGCCUUUAAUUCAUUCUUUUAUCCGAAACUGAUCAAAUCAGGAUAUGCCAGCCUUAAACGGUGGACGAAAAAGGUAAGGAACACGAUUUUGUGGGUGUUUCUUCUCAAUGAAUUGUGGUCACCUUAGUUAGUCCAGUUAAGCCCCGUGUGCUGCAAAUAGAUAACCUGAUCAAUGUUUUCAAGAGAUUGUCGAUUGAUGUUUUGAAGCUGCUUUUGUUGUUGGUAUUUAUUUAAUAACAAAUACCUAGUGAGUAGUCAGGCGCGAUUGUGCACAAGCCGCGCGUCUACAAGCCUCGGAAACCGAUGAGGACCCCCCAAGGGGAGGGUUGCUUUUGGAGCAUUUGUAACAGCUGUUUUAAUAGUUUAUUUAGUUCUACACCCUUUGGUAAUAACAAUUGUUUGAAGUGUUUGGUUUCAUUCAUUUUGUACUUGAUGUUGUUGUAGGUGGAUAUUUUUGCGAUGGACGUGGUACUUGUUCCUAUUCAUCUAGGGAUGCAUUGGUGUCUCGCGGUAAGAAAGUUGUUCAUUGUAAAACCUUUCACCCCCGUUCUUGUUACUAAUGUUGCGUUUUUAGCCAAUUCAGAUCCUCCGACAAGGCAUAUUAAAUAAUGCAAUUGAACAAAAUUAGAUAUUCACUCGACGAUCGUUUUGGCCUCCGUUCACACUUGGCAAAUAAUUUUGUCCUCACUGGAAAUCUUGUAAAGCCAUUUUUCAUCCGCACUACGACGAUAAACAACGGUGGAAAAGUUUGAGUGCAUUCUUAGGCAAGCACAGAACAAAAGCCCUGCUCUGCGAUGGUAUCAGCGCUGCGUUUUCAAAUGUAAGAGAGUGUUUCAGGACAUUUACAUUUGGUGGAACUGCAGAACUAUGAGAAUGAAUACGACGCCGUGAGGACGUAAUGAUAUGAAUAUUUAAGCACAAUUAUUUAGCUUUAUUCAGGCUGUUUGACUCAACAUGGUCAGCUCAGGUCAAGUUAUAGACGGCUCUCUUAUAGUUUGUUCUCUUCGUUCUUCAGGUGAUCGAUUUUAAUAGGAAAUGUAUCUCAUAUUACGACUCGCUCAAAGGUUCCAAUCCACAAUGCCUGUCUGCACUAAGGUGAGAAACAGCACACCCUUUUCCCCCCCUCCCCACCCAGGUCCAUUUUGCCAACCGCUGGACCACUGCGUCGCGCACCAGUAUGGAGAAAAAUGAGAUUAAACCGAUAGAAAUAAUAAUGAUUAGAAAAAACUAAAAGUUGUAGUGUUCCAUCUAUAUCCACUUCCAUCUUGUGGAAAUUCAUUGUCAGGCGUGUUCUUUUUUUUAGUGAUUACUUGAAAAAUGAAUCACUGGACAAGAAGAAAGUGCCGUUUGACUCGACGGGCUGGAGGACAGUUUCUCCAAAGGUGCUUUACUAUCAAAUUAUGCUUCGUCAGUUUGUUUCUUUUAAUCCCUGAUCAAACUAUCAAACCUUGAACUUGUCCGGCAUUAAUGUUUAUCCUAUAAAUAGUAGGCCGAUAAACUUCUUACAUUUUAAGUGUAAUUUCCGUUUUCCAAGUAAAUAAUGUUUGGUUCAGUACUGCUUUUUGUCAGCCCCAUGCACUGGAAAGAAGCUGGGUCGGGAUAGCCCUAUCACGUGCUAAGUUUUACUUUCCCAAUAUCUUCUCGCCCAAAACUCUUGCUUGCGAUCGAAAAAAAAACAGACUACAAGCAGUCCACUGUAGACCUCGAACGUUUGAUAUCCUACGCAAACCUCCUGUUAAAGUCGUUCGUUAAAGUCGGCUUAGUCUCCGGAAGUUGACUGCAACCAGUGUCUCGCUUCAAUUUUGGCCCGGUAUCGCAAAUCUUGUCAAUUUGAAACAUUUUCGCUGACCCAAGGAAAUUCGCAAUAACGCGACUAUUUCCCUGUGAUGAAAGGGUUAACCUCCAAAAAAGAUAUCAUCCUUUUCUCGUUUUUUUUUAAAGAUAGAAUUGAUAUCGUCAAUUUUUUUUUCUGUGGUUUACAGGAUAUACCAGAGCAACUUAACGGAUGUGACUGUGGAGUAUUUGCCUGCAAGGUAUAAUUCAAGUUUUCGUGUUCUUUACACUGACUCGCAAGAACCUCCUUUUGUUGUUUCUGCCAAAUUCGAUGGUUUUACUACAUAAUGCUUCAAACCGAUCUCAUCUUGUAGAUAGAAAUAAGAGAGAUGGUAAGUUUUGAGCUCGGUAAAGAAAUAAAAAAAGAGGUUUUUUCGUCUUGUCACGAGCGUGGGACAAGGAAAAAAUUCUGAGUCUCUACGAGGAAUCGAACCUCAGACCUUCGGAUUCCACGCUCCGGUGCUCUACCACUGAGCCACAGACUCCACGGUCAGCGAGUUUUAUUACGAAGUUCAUAUGACACGCGUCCUGCACACUGCUAGGAUCAGCAAUGUCGAUAGCGUAAUGUUUGUAGAUAGAAAUAAGGGAGAUGGUAAGUUUUGAGUUCCGUAAAGAAAUAGAGAGGUCCACAUGGGGACUCAGAAUUUUUUUCUUUGUCCCACGCUCGUGCCAAGACGGAAAAACAUCUUUCUCAAUCUCCUUUUGGUGUACGACACUUAUCAAUCACGUCUAUUGUGUGCAUUAUUACGAUAAUUUCCCACCUCUUCUUCCUUUUUCCCUUUGUUUCGAACAUUGUGUUCGUUUGCCUCACUUCAUCAAGGGUGUGAAAAAUCCGUUUACGAAAAAAGAGUCAAGAGUCCAAACUCGGUGGAAAAUAUGUGUUAAACUUGUUAAAUGAACCACAACAUUUGGCCAAAAUAAAUACGCCGAAAAUUUUUUAAAUUCCAAACAAAAAGGUAACAAAUUUGCCCGAACGAAAGCUCAAAGACGACUAAAACUCCGCUAUAGUAAUCGGUACAUAAGGGGUAAAUUUCCUGGAUGACAACGAUGCUUAGAAAAUAAAAUGAAGAAAUUGAAAUGGGAUUUAGCGGUGGACAUUCCACGAGGUGGUUUCUUUUGUCCACUGAUUCCGGUUCAAGCGGAAUUUAGAAUGUUGGACUGAAUCUAAUGAAACUUAGUAAGAAACUUCGUAUCUCCGAGCUAUGUUAAUUCAAGAUAAACUGUUAGUAAAAGAUAAUUUUCGUUUUUUCUUCUUUCUCUAAUUCCAGUACGCAGAGUAUUUAUCACGAAGAGCGCCUUUCGAUUUUGACCAGGUAUGAAUAUUGUAAAGAAGAAAUUGAGUAGCCGCCCUUUAUGCGAAUUUUAUUUUCGGUUGUUGCGCAACAUGGCUCACAAGUUUGAGAAGUGAACGAGUGAAGUACAUCUACCAUCAACUUAAGCGGAUAUGUAAUGCUCUGUUUUUUGUUGCAACCAUUUUGAAAUCAUUGAUGAUCCUUGCAAGCUGAUUGGUUCUCGGCAGUGCCGUAAUUCGGGAGCUUCUAUGGACACAAUCUCAAAUUUUAUUGAAUUUGAUGCGACCACUGCAUUAGGAUCAGGCUCAGUGGAAUUAAACAUUUGAAGCGUGUCGCAUUUAGGGCUCAAAUGAAGUAUUUGCAGCUUCAGUUUAAGCGCGUUCAACCAAUGAGUAUCAUUUGUCCUUUGUCUCAGCCAGUUAGCAUCAAGCAAUUUUCCCUGUAUAUGAUAGAUUUACGAUUCUUUUCAUAUCGUUUCCUCCUUUAAUUUCGAGCCAUUUCAUCCCCAAUCGUACGAAUCAACUAAGGAAGAUGUGUGAAACUACAGGAAACAUUUUUGCUUACAUGUAUUUUGCUCUUUUCCAGAGACACAUGCCUUACUUCAGGCGUCGAAUGGUCUACGAAAUUCUAACAAAGAAACUCUUGUGAGAGCCAACCGCUGAAAGACUCGGUUCUUUGUGUUACUGAUCGAUUCCUUCGUAACGCGCUCUCUGGAGUCACUAAGAAGGACUCGCAAUUUACGGUUAUUAUCCCAAAUGUUCUCCCUCUAUCUAUUUAUAUUAAGCCAAUUUACGAGUCUAUCUUAAUACUUUUCGUUAUGCUAUCGUUAAAACUGUACAGUGAAGCAUUUUUUGAAAAUGAAAACAUGUAAUUAAAGUUGGUUAAUGUCUAUGGACUGUUUUAAAAGCAAGAAUAUUAAAGAGCAAGAGCUGAUUGAUACAUGUCAACUAGCUUUCACAGAUUGUUAUUAUGAAAGGAACUCUAGCUCUGGUACGAAUCGUUGAAACAAUGGAAACGGCUGGCAAAAUGAGUGUCUGCCCAAAAUUGACCAUUAUGGUGGGAUGAAAGGUGUAGGAGUGUUACGAAAAAUGUCUGGGCUGAUUAUUUUAGUGUCUUCCAUCGCAUAUUCCUUAUCUGCACAUCUACAUGGUAAGGAACAAAUAGAUUUUAUAGUUAUAGGGGGAAUGAGAAUUUUCGUGUAAUUUUCCUUAGCUUUCUUGACAGAAAAUUCUCAUUCUCCUAAGAAAGUUGUGAUUCGCAGCAUAAUUAACAGAAUUUAAUGAAAAGCGAAGAGAUAAUGUAAGUGAAAGGACACACUGAAUAUCUUUUAUUUUUU